AAUUUUUUUAAAAGGUAAAUCUUGCAGGUCACAGCAAAAGUUGCGAGUUCGAACGGACGAAGACGAACAGCGCUCGAGCCGAAUACCGGCGCCUUUUUCUCUCACACGUCAUCAUCUUCUCUUCUCGAUGCUUCUCCGAAGUCUCUUCUCGUCCCUCUCUCGAUCUCAGCUCCGCUUCUCGCCCUCUCUCUUCCUUCCCCGCUCGAUCGCCGGUCCUACCUCCCCAUGGUUCCUCCCUUCUUGUCGGCACACGGUGCGCUUUGGAUCCGUCCUCAGGGCCUCUUCUUCCGCCACCGGCGGCGACUCCCCGCGACCGCCCGACGUGCCUAUUGUUCCUCCAACCGCUUCCAAGCAGGCGGAAAUGAUAAAUGGGAUUGAAGCAGCGUUGGGUUCGACGUUCAGUUCAGAUCCCUUAUCUCCUCCUUCGAGUCCCCUAAUCCUUGUUAUCAGCGGACCAAGUGGUGUUGGCAAAGAUGCAGUAAUUAAGAGGCUACAAGAAGUUCGAGAGGGAAUUCAUUUUGUUGUCACAGCAACUAGCAGAGCACAACGUCCUGGUGAAGUUGAUGGAAAGGAUUAUUUUUUUGUUACAAAAGAGAAGUUCUUAUCGAUGGUUCAAAGGAAUGAGCUGUUAGAAUAUGCCCUGGUUUAUGGUGACUAUAAGGGAAUUCCGAAGCAGCAGAUUCGAGAAUACAUGGCUAAAGGUUUUGACAUUGUGUUGAGAGUGGACAUACAAGGCGCUGCGACUCUGAGAUCAAUACUAGGAAAAUCAGCAGUCUUCAUCUUUCUGGUCGCAGAGAGUGAAGCUGCACUUGUGAACAGACUCGUUGCUCGUGAUACAGAAUCGCCCGAAAUGCUCUUUGUAAGAAUUGCCACAGCCAGAGAGGAGGUGAAGCACAUGAAGAAAUUCGACUAUGUGGUCGUCAAUGCAGAGGGGAAACUUGAUGGUGCAGUUGAACUUGUAGAAUCCAUCAUCGACGCAGAGAAGGCCAGAGUUUCGCAGCGAAAAGUCGAAAUCUAGUCCAGUUCUUCAAGUGGUAAGCAUUACCGUCUUUCCCUUGCAUAUUUGAUUUUACUUUCUGUGCAAUUCGACUACAAGUAUCGUUUGCCGGUGUCAACUCUCAGAGUAACUUGCUCUUUUCUUUGAGUUCGAGCACACAUAACUUAUCAACCAAAACAUCGUUAUCCUUUUUCUUUUUUUUUUUACCUCAAAUUUGUUUUUGGAACAAAAAGGGUGGAAAUUUUGUUGUUAUGAUGCAAUUAUUUCCAUUUUUCUGAUCUGUUGUAUCAAUUGAGAAGCUAAAGUCAUCAUGUUGCUAGUA